AUGAUGAUGAUGAUGAGGUUUAGACAGAUCAUGGCAGGACAACUUGAAAACCGCCCACUGCCAGCCAGUCAGCGUUCCGGUGGCAAUGGUCCGAACCAACCUGGCACCGGUACAGGUACUGGAUCUGCUGCUGGUACUACUGCUGGACAAGAGACUGCACCCGGUCUCCCACCAUUGCCUGGCGCCUGUCUCGAGAAUGGACAGCCUUGUAGUGAGUUUGAUGAAUGUUGUGGCAGAGCCUGCUUUGCUCCUGCCGUGGCUUUGGAAACCAACAACCCGGCGACAGUUGCGAAAGAGUUUGUAAUCCAUCGGAAUGUUGUUGCCAUGGCUUUUGUUUUGUCAAAUUAUUUGGCCUUGGCUCUUUUUGCGACGAGCUCCUUUGGCCUCCCAACCGCAAAACAUGUCCUGAAGGCGUCUAUCCAAACAGCGGUCUUCCUCGAGGUGGCCUCACUGGGGACUCGUGUCUAUCAGACGGUGACUGCUGCAACAGCCAUUGCCUCGACGAUCUAUGUGUGGAUUGUAUCCCCCGUUUUCGGGGCUGUCGGACUAGCGAAGAUUGCUGUGGUGAGCUUCGAUGUCUGGGUGGUGAAUGUGAUUUUUUGGGCUCAUCGAUGA